AUGAAGCGCUGUGUUUCGUAUGGAAUUAGGGACUGGCUGGAAAUAAAAAGCAAAGAGCAGAAGGCUAAUUCGAUUUUCGAAAGUUGGUGUUAUUUGGAAGUCGUGCGAGGGGCAGUCGCCCCUUGGGGCUCGACAGUGGAGGACGAGGGGGGCGCGCUGCUCGGGCGGCUGCAGGGCGCGCUGCGAGGCGGCGCCGCAGCCGCUUCACCUUCGCGCGUUGCCAAUUCCAUCAAGGGCUACCUCAGCAACAAGGUCGGCUCCCUGCAGCUGAGGGAUACAGGCAUAUUCAAAACAGAUUAUUCAACUGCUUCAUUGGUUAUAAAAAUGUUGACGUUUUACAAAAACGGCUUUACAAUGAUAGACAGCGGCGCGGCAUCAUCGGCAUGGCUUAAAGAAAAUCUGUAA